GGACUAAGUUGGUGUCUAGUUGUGUUAAGUGCUGGAGGAAUUUACAGAGAAAUGCUGCCCCUCCCAGGUUCUUCAGUAUAUUUGUUGGUUGUCACUGUAAAGCAUGGAAUUGCAGGUUAAUACAUGUUUAAUGUAUUCAUUAAGCAGACACUUUGAUCCAAAGCGACGUACAGAGAUGAUUUGAACCUGCAACCUCCUGAUUCGUAGUCAAAUGCUCUAACCAAUGCACUCAAUCUGUCCCCUAUACAUUUUGAUUGGUUGACUAUGGAUUUAUUCCUGAAUAUAAAUGACUUUAUGGUUGCUAAUUUCCUGGCGCUUGCUGAAGGUGUGACCACAUUAAACUUCAACUCCAGCAUUUCAAAGAGAAUUAUUCUACAUUAUUGGGUGGGCACGGGCAGAAUGCAGGGCAAUAAUGAGUGAUGAAUUUGGGGUGGCGGGCGAGAUCGUAACAUUACUGCGCAGUGUGUGGCGCACAGAGUACGUUUUAGAGACUCCUCACAACACUCGGCGAUCGGACAGGGAAAGAUGGACUCCUUCAGUUCAGCGGCAAAUGACGGAGUUUUUCCUCGGGAUCGACCGUCGUCUAUCAAUUCUUUUGAUCAAGGAUCCACACAGUCAAGUUUAAUGCGUGAAGGGCCACCAGCAACAUUUAGUUUUCCAUCCGUAUCAUCGUGCGUAAAGUACGGAGAACGUUUCAACUUGAGCGCCUCAGCUGCGGAGAGCAGCGGUGGGGAGCAGAGUCAGGAUGACGAUAGUGAUGGCAUUGGCAGGAGUGACAUGGUACUAUUUCCCGAGGAGAGACUUUUGCUAUCUAUGGGUAAAUGUGAGACAGGUAAAAAACACAAAGAGCAGAAGGUCCUGAGGCUAAACAUUAACGCGCGCGAGAGGAGAAGGAUGCACGACCUGAACGACGCACUCGAUGAAUUACGGUCGGUAAUCCCUUAUGCUCACAGCCCAUCAGUUCGGAAGUUAUCCAAAAUUGCAACCUUGCUCCUUGCAAAGAACUACAUCCUCAUGCAAUCGCAAGCACUGGAUGAAAUGAGAAGACUGGUUAGCUACCUUAACCAAGGACAAGGCGUUACUCAUACCACUGCAAAUACGGCUGGUGGCCCCGGGUUAGGUGCAUACGAGCAACAGACACAAUACCCGUUCUCUGCUGGGAUUCAAGACCCUUAUCGCGACAAAUGUGUUGUUUUCCCAUCGAGACUCUUAAAAGAAUUCAACAAUAAACCUUGAAAAAUGCAUCCCUAUCGUCAUGCUUCGUGUGCGCAACUGAGGUUGAUGACAAAGCGCAAUUAAACAACAUGGACUGAAAUGUAAUUGACAAAUUAUUCUAGCUUACUAUUGACUUCUACUAUUUAGGUAUCGAAAUUAUCCCAACUAAUAUUUUUAUUACCAAGGACAAUUUGGUAACAUUUUUCUUUAUAUGUCUUGAUGAAGCCAAUGUAUGUGAAACUAAUUUUACUGUUGAUACUGAUAGAGGAUUUGUGUUUCGUGAGAUACUGAACUAUGUCUCUGAAUUGAUUGAAAUAAAUGUGAACAAA